AAUAGGGUACAGGUGAUGCAGUCGCAGAAGGGAGGAAUGUAUAUCUUUCGAUAACUUGAAAUACUUGAAACUUUCAUGCUGGAGAAAUUAUUUGUCUUAAAGAGGCUGAAGAAAUUAUAGUUUCGAUUGAAAGACAACAUGGUCUCGUACUGUUGGCAGUGCUGUUAAAUGUGACAGACAGUCUGCAAGAAUGGCGACUAUGGUGGAAGAACAGACUUCGGUUGACAUGAGCGAAGAUAAAGAAUUACAAUAUGACCAAGUCAGUUACAAUUGGGUGGAUAUUACCCAAGAAUUUUUCGAAGCCAUCACAGAAUUGGAACUGGGAGAACUUUUGCGCGAUGAAUUGUUUGGGUUAUUUGAGGCAAUGUCUGCUAUUGAGAUGAUGGAUCCAAAGAUGGAUGCUGGUAUGCUAUGUAACCGGGGCAACAAUAAACCAAGUACUUUCACUCAAGCUGUUGAUUCCGGUGCAUUAAAACUGAAUAAUCUGACUCCAUCAGAGGUCAUAGGAAUAAUUGAUUCAACCUAUGCGUGUAUAGUGUCAUGGUUAGAAGGUCAUAGUCUAGCACAAACAGUUUUCACUAACUUGUACCUUCAUCAACCCAGUCAAAUAGAGGAUAAACCUUUGAAGACUUUCUGUUAUGCGGUGUACAAAAUAAUUGAGAUAAUUAGAGAUUGCAUAAACAAAGCAUUAGUGUUUGAAGAAGAAGACUUUCAAAGUGUUACUUAUGGCUACAGAUUGCAACAAGAUAUUGCAGAACAAAAGACUAUAUCUAUGUUGCGUGAAGUUGAAGAGGAACUACAUAGGAAAAGUAGAAUAAAGCCAGUUGAUGUAGAAUCUGAGAAAGAAUAUAAUGAUGGGCUAGCUCUAUAUGCCAGAAUUAGAUUUACCAAAUUGUUCUAUCAAAUAUUAUCGUUAAUGGGAAAGAAAGAGCAGCUGCAACAAAAUUUAAAUGAUUGUCAUAGAUUAUUAUACAAGUGUUCAUAUAUGAUUCAAGUUAUGGUUAAGACAGUCGAUAUGGGAGAGAAGGCUGAUGAGAUCUCAAAUUACCCAAAUAUUAUGGGGUUUGAUCCCAUGGUGAAUCAAAGAUUAUUACCACCAACAUUUCCACGAUAUACUAAAAUAAAGCCAAGAACAGAAGCCCUAAAAUAUUUGGACGAAUUAUUGAACAGAUUUAGAACAGUUACUAUGAUCACCAAUCAGAAUGGAUUUCAUGCAGCAUUGGACUUUUUUUUAGAAUUUUCACGACAAAGUCCGUGUAUAUUAUCUAGAUCAAUGUUACAAAUAGUUUAUUUACCUACAACAAACCGAGUAUUCGGUGUACAUAACUUCGCUGAUGUUUUGAAAGACGCAGCGCGGAAUUUUAUCGCACCACCGGUUUUAAUGCCAAAGAGCACGUUGCUUCAAAAUCAUCAAGCCAAGGAGUAUGUGGAUAGUUUCAUGUGUCACUGUGUGAGCCUCUUUAGUACGCUUUUGCAGCUGACUGGUCAUAACAGAGCAAGACAGAGAGAUAAACUGGCACAUUUAUUGGAGGACUUUACCGCGUUCCAAGAGGAAGCUGUAAGAGUAGAUAGGUUCUUACAUAACCUGUCUUUAAAAAGUGUUACACCCAGGUCGCAUUUAGACUGUUUUGGAAUAUGGAUUUUGUAUCAUACACUACGAGUAAUGGUCAUGUAUUUGUUAAGUGGGUUCGAGCUUGAACUGUAUUCAGUACAUGAAUACCAUUACAUCUUCUGGUACCUGUACGAAUUUCUUUACGGAUGGCUUGUAUCGGCUCUUACGAGGGCCGAUAUGUCGUUAAUGGACCAGGAUGUACAUAACGAUGCGCAUAAAGGUAGAAGUGCCAAGAAGAGCGCUAAAAAUAAGAAAAAGAAAUCAACGCCAAGACCGAAUGACUUAGAAAUAUUGAUGUAUCGGGCUAUGCAAAAUAUAUGUGGAGGAUAUUAUAAAGCUUUACUUGGUUUUCGUAUGGAUGGAAGAAUACCACUUCCAGAAAUGCAAUUUGACUCGGAACGUGUUCGAUACGAGCAUAGGUUAUUACCGUUUUCUUUGCUACUGACACCGCCACCAAUGCAUUAUCAAGAAUUCUUACAUAUGACUAAUGCACAAAUGCAUAAAAGAAACGAGAAGGUUACUAGUGAAAUGCAAUACUUAGCUGGCUGUCAUCAUUUUUAUGAAGCAAGAAAUAUGUUUGAACGAGCAUUAUCUCUUUAUUCACCGAAUGCCAGCAUUGUAAACGAGAUUAAUGAUUUACUGAAAGUAUCCAAAACGAAUUUCGUGGUUUUGAAACUACUCGCCGAUGGACAUCAGAAGGACUCAAAAGAACCUCCAGUAUUUGAUUUCUCCUGUCACCAACACUUCCCACUGAUCAAACUUACCAAAAUGAAACCUUUGUAAUGCCCCCAUUCCAAGCUACGGGUGGACAUGUUAUUUAUUUUAGCUUUAACCGUGGAAAAAAUAUUUUUGUGCUGUUGACUUCUGGAUGCCUUUUCUUUCCCGUUCAAUACAGAAUUUAAAGCCUCCACCUAAACCCCGCCCACACUUUC